AUGGCUGAUAGUACUCCAAAAGCAUCGUCGACUUCGGCGUUUGUUACGGCGCUGAUUUUCAACGGCAUCGUCGCUAUUAUAUUCGUGUGGCUUUUUAUAUUAUUGCGGCCCAAAAACAGAAGGGUCUACGAGCCGCGGUCCCUUAAAGACGUGCAGACCAUCCCGGAGGAAGAACGGACAGAGCCUGUGCCCGCCGGGUACAUGGAGUGGGUUCAUUACUUGCUCUCCAAGCCACAUUCGUUCUUGAUCCAGCAUACCAGCGUGGACGGGUACUUUCUGCUGCGGUACAUCGGGAUCGUCGGGUCGGUUUCGUUUGUGGCGUGCGUGUGUAUUCUGCCCAUUCUGCUGCCCGUGAACGCGACCAACGGUAACAACAUGGAGGGUUUCGAUCUGCUUUCGUUUUCGAACGUCACGAACAAGAACCGGUUCUACGCGCACGUUUUCCUGUCGUGGCUCUUUUUCGGGCUGGUCAUCUACGUUAUCUACAAGGAGCUGUACUACUACGUUGUAUUCAGACAUGCGAUGCAGACCACGCCGCUCUACGACGGGUUGCUUUCCUCUCGGACGGUCAUCAUCACCGAGCUGGAUAAGGACAUUGCGCAGGAAGGUGAGAUGCAGAUGCGUUUCCCCAAGGCGUCCAACGUGGUGUUUGCGUACGAACUUUCGGACCUGGAGAAACUGUGCCAGGAGAGAGCCAAGAACGCGGCCAAGUACGAGGCCGCGUUGAACAAGGUCCUGAACAAGUGCAUGAAAAUGACCACCAACAAGACGCAGGAGCAGCUGGACAAGCUGUACAAUAACGGCACCAAGCCCAAGGACGACUUGGAGACCUACGUUCCACACAAGAAACGGCCCAAGCACCGUUUGGGCAAGUUGCCGCUCUGUCUGGGCGGCAAAAAAGUCAGCACGCUUUCCUACUCUAGUAAGAGGGUCGGUGAACUGAACGAAGAAAUCCACGAAAAGCAGGCCGACUGGGCCAGUAACGACAGGCUCCCCGCGUGCUUCAUCCAGUUCGACUCCCAAUUGGAAGCGCAGAGGUGUUUCCAAUCCGCGGACGCCAUUUUGGGCACGAAGCAUUUUGGUAAGCGCCUCAUCGGUUACUCCCCCGAAGACAUCAAUUGGGAGGCCAUGAGUCUCACUUCCAAAGAGAGGCACUCCAAGAGGACUUUGGCUAACGCCAUUCUGGUCUUGUUGAUUAUCUUCUGGGCCAUCCCCGUCGCCGUCGUCGGGUGUAUUUCCAACGUUAACUAUCUUACCGAGAAAGUUCAUUUCUUACGUUUCAUCAACAACAUGCCCGAUGUUCUGAUGGGUAUUAUCACCGGUUUGGCGCCCUCUAUUGCGCUGGCCAUCCUGAUGUCGCUGGUUCCGCCCAUCAUCAUCAAGCUCGGGAAACUGAGCGGUUGUGUCACUGCGCAGGACUCAGAUCUGUAUUGUCAGGCCUGGUACUACGCAUUCCAAGUCAUUCAAGUCUUUUUGAUCACCACCGCCACCUCCUCCGCGUCCUCCACCGUUGAUGCGAUCAUCAAGAAUCCAAGCUCUGCGAUGACGCUACUGGCAAGUAACCUGCCCAAGUCGUCCAAUUUCUACAUCACGUAUUUCCUACUGCAAGGUUUGACAGUGCCCUCUGGUAUACUUUUCCAAGUGGUCAAUUUGGUGUUGAGCAAAAUAUUGGGCAGAUUCCUUGACUCUACCCCUAGACAGAAAUGGAACCGUUACAACAUUCUGGGCACCCCCAAAUUGGGUGUCAUAUACCCCACCAUCGAGGUCCUUGUGUGCAUCUACAUUUGUUACUCGAUCAUCGCUCCUAUUCUGCUGUUUUUCAGUACCUUUACGAUGAUUCUUCUGUAUGUGGCGUACUUGUACAACUUGAACUACGUUCUAGGGUUCUCGUUCGAUCUUAAGGGUCGCAAUUACCCAAGAGCCCUUUUCCAGAUCUUUGUCGGUCUCUACCUAAGUGAAAUAUGUUUGCUUGGUUUGUUCAUCAUGGCCAAGACCUGGGGUCCUCUGGUCUUGGAAGUGGUCUGCAUCGUCGUUACCGCCCUGGCUCACAUCCACAUGAAAAGGAAAUUUUUGCCAUUGAUUGACGUGGUCCCCCUGAGCGCCAUUAGAUACGCGAGAGGUGAAUCCGGCUACGCCUACCCCUCCUCGGAUUUGGGUGCUCAAGAAGUGAAAAAUAUCGCUGAUGAAAUGAGGAACGAUUACGAGAACGAUGACACUCAUGGUAUUUUGUCACCCGCUACCAAGGAUGACUUGAAAAAGGCCAAUCUACUACCUGAGGAUGACAACAAUUCAGAGAACAGUGCUCCAAGUAAUCCGUUCGAAUCUGGUUCUGAAGAAAGAAGUGAACACAACUCAUCUUCCAGAUUCAACGGGGAAGCCGACUCCGUCAACAAGAAAAAGAACGAUCCCAUCAUCAAAAAGUCAAACACUAUUUCUUCUUCCACCAAAGACAAGGAUAAUAACGGGAUCGGAAAUGAGUCGACUUUUGUUCCAGAAGACGAAAAAUUCCGUAAGUUCCAAUACAGUGAUGUGGAGGCUCUAAGAAACAACCGUCCAUAUGACGACGACGAUCAAAGCCGUCAUGGACCCGAAGGGGCUGUGCCAGUCAAUGCAGAUGCGGGUGUUAUUUACGGCAACGCAGGUGCCGUGAUGAAGGAGCCUCAGGCAUUCCCACCAGAUGUCUUGGAAACUAACACAUGGUCGCAGAGAAUUGCACUAUUUUUCAAUCCAAGGAAGUCGUAUCCGUUUGACGAGGUCAGAACGAGGCUCCCACAUGUUUUCAACACUAGUAUCGAAUACGAUGAAGAGUAUUUGAACACCGCAUACACCGAUCCUUGUGUUAGAGAAAAGGAUCCUAUUGUGUGGUGUUGCAAGGACCCAUUAGGUGUUUCCAAGCAACAGAUUCAAGAAGCCGGAUCCGAAGGCUUGGAUGUGAGAGACGACUUUACAAGAUAUGAUGAAAAAGGUAAGGCCAUGUUCACUUACAAUCCUCCUGACUAUGAGCCUGAAGCCAAGAAGUAA